AUGGAUCCAGAAUACCUUGGCAAUGCAAAAUUUACUAUAAAAUCCGAUGUGUACUCAUUCGGUGUCAUCUUACUCGAACUAUUAUGUGGUAGGAAGCCAAUGAUCUAUUCAAGGGACGAGGAUCAAGUGAAUUUAGUUCGUUGGUUCAAAACUAAUAUCGAAAUGGGCACCAUAGAUCAAAUCAUUGAUCCGUAUCUUACUGACAAAAUAGCACCAGAAUGCAUGAAAGAAUAUGUCAAGAAUGCAGAAAAUUGCAUGUGUGAUGAGGGGAUUGAGCAUCCAUCGAUGGAUGAUGUGUUGGGUAACCUCCGGUAUGCACUGCAACUGCAGGAGACUUGGCAGAAUAGUAAUGAACAGUUCGGUACAGUUAAGUCCCCUGAGGCCGUUGCUCGUUAG